UGACCAUUCAAAACAUCUUCUUUCACUAUUCCGACAUUUUUCAUUACUUUCAAAACAGCCAACAAUACUAUUUAUUUAUAUCCGGGGUUAUAUAUAGAUGAGGCAGGGUCAUUUUUAAUUAACAUAGCUUCAUCUCAUGUGGUCAAACUAACCGCUUUCGUUGACAUUCUGGAGACAAGUAAAAUGUUGGAAAACGACGGCAAUAUUAAAAUGUUGACCUCAACCAUCUAUGGUGUGGAAUCUUGCGUAAAGAAAUAGCGCAAAAUACGUAGUUCUUCAAUCAAAAUGUGCAAAACUGCACAAAAUUUCAAGCUGCUAUCUUCCGGAACUUGACUACGGAGAAAGCCUUCUUUAUCUCAUUAACGUACGAAUUAGUAAAAGAUGAUAUCCUGCUUGUCAUGAUCAUCGAUAUUGAUUUUAUUCACUAGCCAUGAAAUAGCAACUCAAACUAUAAAAACCACUGAUCAGUUUUUCAAAAUUUUCGGUUUUCAAAAUCAUACACACAUAAUCUAACAAUCGUUUUGGUGUGUGCUUAAUUCUUCCUCAUUUAUACAUGCAGAAGCUGUUUCCUUAGGGUGUGUAGUUUAAGUGGUCAGAAUGACACAAUGAAAUGUCGAACUGAAUAAUUCAUUGCAAUUCUUAAUGUUUAUAACGAGUAGGAGGAAUAAAACAGACUUAAACAGUAUACAUUAAUAUAAGACUUUGAACGGAAGGUUAACAUUGAGGUCAUACGAUAUCAUAACCUACAAUAGUAUAGACUUGGCUCUCGUGGUUUUACAAUGAAAUAGAUGAAAAUACAGAUUUAACUGCUUUUAAGAUGGGCAAGUGUUGUUCAAAGCCACACACAACUCGAUCAAAAGGUUUUAAUCGGGAGAGUAAAUACAGACUCUUGCGAAUUCUUGGCCGCCAUGAUGAAGGCAAUGGCAAAGCAGGCAAAAUAGACAAUAGUUACAGACGAGGAGAACCAGAUGGCAGUGAAGAGGUUACCGAAUUACGGAAAACGUCGAAGAAACAAAAAUCAAAAGGUCAAGGCGUCUUUGUUGACCAUGAGUCAAGUGUUACAUACACAGGGGAAUCUGAUAUUGAUGUUUAUCCACUGCCUGAUCAGAAUGGAGGAAAGAGAACAUCAGAGGAUGAAGGCAAGGAUAAUAAUUUGAACCAGGAGAACGCCAUCUCUCAACUAAUCCGGGAACGAAUUCUUAAAGGGGAUGUAAACACUGAGAUCCCAAAUUUGGCAAGAAUGGUAAAGAUUUUCAUCGCAUCCAUUCACGAAGAUAUGGUUGAAGAGAGCCUGAUUCUGGAAGAACGAGUUAUUCCCGAUUUGAAAAAGUUUUGUCGGGAACAAAACUACGACGUCCAUAUUGUAGAGGUGGAUAUAGACGAUGAACAGUUUAGUUACAAGGAUUGGAAGGAAGAAAUACAACUGGCUCAUCAGGAAUCAACUGGUGUUGGCUUCCUUGUGCUUGUUGGUCAAAAUUUCGGGGAGCGAUUUCUUCCUGAAAACAUCGAUGUGAAGGAUUUCGGUCUUUUGCUCGAGAUGCUGCCGAAUGAUCACGACGCAGUACGAAGCCUCUACGAGCUUGACGCGAGUAAAAUCCCGUGCUACGUUCUCAAGAAAGCGUGUUUCGAUCACCACGAUGAAGAUAUUGAAGACGCCUCACAGCUGUUGCUUGCGAAAAUGGAAGAGAAUGAUUUCAAACAGAACUGUGAACAGCAGUAUGUUUAUAAUGCGCUCUUACAAGUGGCGUCUCUUGGUAAUUCCUUGUCAAAUGUAACCUCGUCUGCGCUGUGGGUUGAAAGAACAAUUGAACAAAAAAACCUCGCUUUUGACGAGCGAACGAACGACGACAAGGCGGAACUACGAAUGCUGAGGGAAAGAUAUGGGCAAAAAAGGAAUGCGAUGAUCUCCUAUGGUGAAUUUGCGAAACAUGACAUCAUGAAACGUAAUCAUUUUCACAAGAUUCUAGCCGAAACGAUCAAGGAGAAAAUUCAAAAGACCGCCAAGCAGGCUACUGUGAACACAAUCAAUGAUGCAAGUCUGAAAGAAGUCGCACAGCAUAUCAUAAAAUGUCAAGAAAAUGCCUCGAAUAUUGACGAAAGUCGACAACAAACAAUUGAUAUUCAGAGGCGAAUCAGCACGUAUUUAAGAAUGAAUACGAAGAGUCCAUUGGUUGUUCACGGAUCCCCCGGAUGUGGGAAGAGCACAACGGUUUCCAUGGCAGCAAAACUUGCGAGUGAUAAGAUGGUUGAUGGUACGAUUCUAGUGCUCAGGUUCCUAGGCUCUACCCGCCACUCAAGCAACCUGAGAUUAAUGCUACGAAGCAUCUGUUUCCAGUUGUCCCGAGCGUUUGGUAAUAAAGACAUAAUUCCUGAGGACUUCCAAUCAGUCGUCAAGAUGUUCCACAGUUCCCUUCAUAAUGCAACGAAAGGAAGACGAAUUGUAAUCAUUUUGGACGGCUUGGACGAACUACCAAAAUCCAACUUACUGUGGUUGCCUCGUGAGCUACCGGAUCACGUUCGUAUUGUUCUAACCACUUUGACUAACGGUGGUUAUUACAAUGGUCUAAAGGCAACAUUUGAAGACGCAAUUGAUCAUUUCGUCGACAUCAGCGAGAUCGACAGAACAGACGCUGGUUCUUACAUAGACUCAUGGUUUGAAUCACGUGGCGGCAUAGAGCCUGCAGAAGAGCUGAACAAGCGGAUCGUGGGUGCUGUACAAAAGUGUCCCAACAAUCUUUACCUUAAACUGUUACUCCACUACACCCACCACAUGAUACCGCUGGAAGACAGUAUAGAUCACGCAGGCUUACAUAUACCCAACUCGCUGAAACACGUGAUCGAGCAUUACUUUGUCACGAUGGAAAAGAAACACGGUAAGCCGGUGAUACAAAGAAUCAUGGCUUACUUAUCUGCCGCAAGAUUUGGACUGAGCGAACGAGAAUUAGAGGAACUGUUAACCCGGGAACAUACCUCCGGUAAGGUGCCAAGCUCCCGCGUCCGGUCAUUCCAACUCUCGCGGAUACUUCAUGAUCUCUCCCCUUUGGUGUCUAAGGCGUAUUUCGACGGAAUGUUAGUCUUGACGUGGCGUCAUCUGAUUAUUCGUUAUCUGGCUUUCGACCGGUACCUGUCAAACAAAGAAGACGCAGUAAAGUUGGCCCAUCAAAGCUUAGCACAGUAUUAUGCCGCGGGAAAGCACUCUACGGGUAUUGCCGAGGAUCCGCUCGUGAUCCUUCGUCGGGUCCACGACCUACCUCAUUAUUUAUGCAAGUUGGGCGACAUCGAGAACCUAAAGGACUUGGCUCUAUGUAACUUUAACUUUCUCCAGACCCAACUCAAAACCACUUCUAUUGACUAUGUACUUGAGUGUUUCACUGGAAAACACUGUCCGAUGGAUCAGGAUUUAAAGAUGAUCGUUGACGCACUGAAGAUGUCUUCAGACGCUCUUCAAAUCGAUCCUAACCAAUUAGCAACUCAGUUGAUCGGCCGGUUGAUAGAUUUGGCAUCGUCAGACCACAUCGCCAGGCUAUUAAACGACGCUCGUAAAUCCGCACGAGCCUUGAUCCCAAAUACCGGCUGUUUAAAUCCUCCGGGUACUAAACUCCUGCAUACCUCGAUGGAGCUCUAUGGUCCAACCGAUUUGACAUCGGAUUCGACAUUAGGACUAUCAGCUUCGAAAAAUAUCGUUGCAUUAUGGGACGUCCGAAGCGGGAAGGUGAUCAGGACGACAACCGCUGGUUCACUUGCGAGGCAGGUUCGUUUUUGUCGCAACAACAGAUUGUUCGUGGUCGACACUGGAAACGAGUUGGAGGUUUAUGAAACCAGCACGUUCAAGAAAAUCUGGGAGCUGGAGUGUCCAGGAGCGGUCAGAGCCAUCGCUGUCGCUGGUGAUUCGAAAGACGUGUUGGUGGCAGCGUGUGGACACGUGGUUAGGGCGUGGAAUUUACGCAGUGGCCUGAUGACGAGUGAAAUUACGGAUGUUGAAGGGAUGAGUAUUGAUAAAAUAGCUGGAUGGAGAGAGUACGUGGCAUGUGCAAGUACAAAAGGAAAGUUUGUGCGUUUAUACGAAGUAUUUACGGCGGUGUUUGUGACUCACAUUAACGCGUAUGAAAAGAAUACGAGAGAUUACGUUGAUGACAUAUUCUUGUCGCCAUUUGGAGACGGUCUGGUGCUUACUACUUCGGAUACAUCGUACGACGUUCGUGUGUUCCGAUUAUCCAGCGGAGAGUGGCUUCGUAAUAUCGGAGGUGAUAUCGUGAACCCUCGUCUGACGUCGGACGGUCAUUAUAUCCUCUCGACCAACAGCCGGAAUGAUAUUAGCGUGUGGAGCCUGGAGACUGGGGUGAAGCUUACGAACGUUUUCCGACACCCUCCGACAAGUAUAAUUACUAACAUUAUCGCGAAUGAUCUGACUGCGCUUGUAACGUUGUCCGACAACGGAAUUUUGAGGGUUUGGGACUUGGAGAAGGAAGAGACGAUUCAACAUGGAUUGUCACAAGAUAAGAACGAUAACUGCAUUAGGAAUAUCAUGUUCGUCAAGAGCAGAGGUGAGCAACGCCAGGCUGUAAGUCGGUCGAAAGUAUCGGGGGAUAUUGUUGUGUGGAAUCUUUCAAAUUGUAAGCCGGUGCGUAUUCUGAAAGGGACCCAAGCUGAUGACAUAUUGGUCGUGGACGAAACAAGAGCCGUACUCCGAAGCAUGGGAAAGCUGGCGCUGAUUGAUCUAGAAGAAGGACGAUUGAUCAAAAAGCUCCGAGUGUCAUUUCCAAACAUGAGAAGUCGAAGCAAGCUCGAAAGACGAGCGAGUUCGUUGUACAAGAGAAGGAAUUUAUCGCUGCGUCUUCUGCAACGGUCCGGAGUCGACACGAAGCCGAGAUGCGCACAGUUCAGUGAUGUUGCUAUCGUUGGACAACAAUACGCGUUGAUGUUGUCCAGCAAACGAGACGUGGUUAACUUGAUCUCUUUAGACGACGGCGAAUCAGUUGCGCAUCUGGACAGCGGUCACAAGGACUGCAUCGAGACUGUGCUGGUGAGCGAGAACGGGAAGGUUUUAGUAUGCUCGUACGAAAACAGCGCUGCGGCAGUUUGGGACUUGGAAACAAGGCGCGUGAUCGGUUGGCUUCGAGUCGAGACCAGCUUCCCUAAGCUCUGUCAGGCCGCUAUCACACGGGACGGGAAAUACCUUGUCGAUUCUGUGAAGAUUAACGAUUCGAUACACAUCGUCGUUUGGAAUUUAGAAACAGCAGAUGUUCAGUGCAAGAUUCCUAUCAAGGGGGCGACAGUCCACGCGUUGGCUGCCUCCUCGGAAAGCGGUAUUCUUAUCUGUUCUUUCAAGAAAGAUUAUCGAAACAGCAUGAUGGUAUACACCUUACGAUCUGGCCGGCAAAUGUUCGCAUUGCCUUGUGGGAUACGUCAGCAAACCAAUGGGAUUCAACUAAGUCUGGACGGAAGGCGAGCGAUGACGUUUAUCUCCGGACAACGCACGAUCAGGCUGUGGGAUACCUCUCGUGGGCUACAGAUUGGAUCGUUUACCGCUGACCACGCGGUAUCGGACUGCGCCCUCUCCGAUGACGGCAACAGCAUUGUCUUAGCAAUUUACAAAGCUUCGACUAUCACCAGUCUAUCGUUGGCUGGCCAAACGUCGUCCAAGGAAAUGUCAGUAGAUUUGAAUAAUCCGUACUAUAAUCCUAAGAACUAUGGCGCUGUUUUUGAGUUCCUAAAUAUUCUAGACUGGGACGAUGAUAGCAAUCACAUGGACAAUACUUUUGCUGAAAAGCAAUAAUUAAGUCUGGCUUAUGUACAGAGGCAACAAAACACAAUUAAGACUGUAUAGUUUCUGGGCAUAGAUUAUAUUUAUAUAUUAGAGCGAAGAUUACUGUGUUUGAUUACUGUGAAUUUAUAAUAAGAUUACUGUGAAUAUUA